UCUCUUUCUCAUACAGCAUAAUUCAGCUCUAUCUGGACACUACUUAUACCUCCUCAUUAUGGCUACCACCACACAAACGAUUACUCAGACAGAAGAGCAGCAGGCUCCUGCUCGUCGCGAACCUUUGCAGCUCACAGGAGUUCUCAACCAGUACAAGUCAUUUGAUCUGACACCCGUCAUUGGCCGCGAGUUUCCCGAAGUCAAUCUCAAAGACUGGCUUAACGCCCCGAACUCGGACGAAUUGAUCCGCGAUCUUGCAAUCACAAUUUCACAACGGGGCGUUGUUUUCUUCCGCAAGCAAGAUGAUCUGGACAACGAUCUUCAAAAACAGCUUGCGCAAAGAUUAGGAGAGCUCUCCGGAAAACCAAAGACUUCGAAGCUACACAUCCAUCCUGUCAUCAACUCCGGACGCACCCUCGGAGGUGGCGAUAACGAAAUCAGUGUCAUCAGCUCCGAACAAGCAAAGAAACUGUACAAGAACCGUUUUCUGAACUUCAAUAAGAAGCAAAGCUCAAAGGGCGGUUGGCACUCAGACAUCACUUUUGAGAAGAUUCCGAGUGAUUACGCACUCUUGCGAUUGACCCAGCUUCCGGAGGUUGGUGGCGACACACUUUGGGCUUCUGGGUAUGAGCUCUAUGACCGACUCUCCAAACCGUAUCAGGAGUUCUUUGAUAAGUUGACAGCGACUUAUGCUCAACCUGGCUUCAACGCAACGGCGAAAGAUAACAAUUUUGAGAUGUAUACCAAGGAACGUGGUGCCCCCGAGAAUGUUGGCGAGGAUUUGACUGCAAUUCAUCCCGUCAUCCGAACCAACCCUGUCACCGGCUGGAAAUCAGUGUUUGGCGUCGGACAUCAUGUUGCGAAAAUCAACGAACUCACGGAAGAAGAGUCUAAAAGAAGUCUUGACUGGUUCGUUCAACUGAUAGUCGAAAACCAUGACCUGCAGGUCCGCCAUCGCUGGCAGAACGUUAACGAUUUGGCCAUUUGGGAUAACAGAUCCGUUUAUCACGCCGCGACGUUUGACUACGAGGGAUUGGGUUCAAGGACCGGACAGCGCGCUGUCAGUUUAGGCGAGAAACCUUACUUCGACCCGCAGAGCACAUCGCGUAGGGAAGCAUUGAGCAAGGGCCUGGACGAAUAA